AAAGAUCUGAGCUGUGUUUCUAACCGGAAGACUUCAGACGGACCAUCAGGUCAGAGCAAUAAACAAAACACAACCACAGCUUACACAAGUUAACAAUAUCUGUAUUGCCAGAGCUGAAUUGUUGGACAUAUGUCGUUUAUAAGGUCUACGUAUUUGUUUAGACACUUAACCAUGUGGUUUAUAUUAUCAGCGUCCAAUCAACUUCUAACAUAGCGGGUUUGAGCUAGUUUAGCUAACCUUAGCAGAGGUACACCAGCUCUUGUCUGCUCCUGUAGUGAAAUGUCCUCCACAAGUUGGUGAAACAUGGUGUGGCACAUCUUGGGCUAACCGGAGCCCUUUUCAGUGACCUGCACGCAGGAGUGAAUACUUCUGCUCACUGCAGAAGCCAUGAAAAAGGUUUUGAGGAAGAUUCACAGCAUCUUCAUAAAGAUUGCUCUGUUUCCGAGCACCUAUGGAAGGUCUUUUCCGCGGCCAGCGGCUUCGGAGGUGUUAACCUGCCACCUGCUCCAGAGAAAACUCCCACCCUGGACCUCCUUCUGUGUCCGCUACAGCACCGUCCACAAUGACCAGUUCGGACUGUCCAAUUUUAACUGGAGAGUUGAGGGGUCCAACUACCAGAUACUGAGAACAGGCUGCUUCCCGUUUGUGAAAUACCACUGCACCAAAGCACCGGCCCAAAACCUGGACUUUGAGGACAAGUUUUUCACCUUGUUGAAAUUGAUUAAUUUGGGUAUCCCUUGCUUGGCCUAUGGCAUUGGGUGCUGGAUGGUGGUGGGCGCUUCAGAAACAGUACAGACCAGUGUUGGACCGGUCACUGUCUAUUUCGCCUACAAAGAAGAAGAAGGUGCACAGUACUAAAGAAAUAAAAUGGACCACUUUGAACUAAAGAGGACAUUUUCUCCCACACAGCUGUUUUUAUAGCAUCAGUCUCUGUGCCGUCCACUGACACCGGGGCUCUUGUAUGACUGUAUGUUAAAUUAUUAAAUAUUUAAGGUGAACUA